AAAGAAUAACCAAUGAAGAAAAUAACUCACAUUUUUUUGUUUUUGGUUUUAAAUAAAGAUAGAAAGAAGAAGAAGAAGACAAAAGAGGCUUCACAUUAUUAUAUAAUUAUUUCCUUUAUUUUAAUAAUUUCUUCUUUUUUAUAAAGAGAAGACCUUGAGUAAUCAUUGCUUAAAUAAGUCCCUGCAGACCCAUUUGUGGUCGGCUGUCCAUAAACCAUAGCUUCUCUCUUUCUUUCUUGCUCUAUCUUUUCAUUUCAUUUCCAUUUUUAACACUACAAAAUUUUCAAUUUUAAGAAAAAGAAAUAGACUUUUUAUUUUCCAAAGUUGGGAAAAAUAAUGGGGUGCAAAUCACAAGACAAGCCAAAGCCAAAGCAUCGGAAAGGUCUUUGGUCACCUGAAGAAGACCUUAGGCUUCGAAACUUUGUACUCAAACAUGGUCAUGGUUGCUGGAGCUCUGUUCCCAUUAAAGCAGGUUUACAAAGGAAUGGAAAAAGUUGCAGACUGAGGUGGAUUAAUUAUUUAAGGCCAGGGUUAAAAAGAGGCACAUUUAGCCAACAUGAAGAAGAGACAAUCUUAACCCUUCAUCACAUGUUAGGGAACAAGUGGUCUCAAAUUGCUCAACACUUGCCAGGAAGAACAGAUAAUGAGAUUAAGAACUAUUGGCAUUCUUAUUUGAAGAAAAAAGUGGCUAAAGCUGAAGAAGAAUUAUUAACUGAACAGAGUACUAAAACUCAAUGCACCACUUCAAGUUCAGAGUCUUCACCUUCUUCAGAAAAAACUAAUAGUAAUAAUCGAAUUCCAAGCUAUGAAUCAUUGGACCAAAUGGUGGAAAAAUCAUUACUUCAUCAUAAUGAUCAAUCUGUAUUAUUUAAUAAUACAAAUCAUUAUAGUAUUGAUCAACAACAGCCAAAAAUUAGCUCACUACCAAAGCUUCUUUUUGCAGAGUGGCUUUCAAUAGACCAAAUUAAUAAUAACAGCAACAACAGUAUUAGUCAUAAUGGUCCAAACUCAGCUAAUAUUAUGGUCCAGCCAAUGGUUCCCAGAGAAAAUUUUGGUCACAGUUUGAGUUUCCAAGAUGGAAUGGGACAUGGUGUUUUGCUAAAUGAAGGCAUAUUUGGUGGUUGUGGUGACCAGUUUUCAAAUGGGGUUUCAGAUUCUGACUUGCUUCACUCAGAAUUUAAAUUUGAUGAGGAUGAAAUUUCAGGAAAUGGAUUUGGUCAUGACUUAAUCUGUGGGAGUACAGAUGAUGUAUGCUUAAAUAUUCAUGAUGAUUUCAGUAUGCACAGUGAUGGAAUUUAUUCAUUUAAUUGAUAAAUUGGAGGGUGUGCUGUUUUCCCAAGGCAAUAUAAUAUCAUGCAAUUCUAUAUUGAGAGGAAGAAUAACCUCUAAUUGUAAUUCUGUUUAUAACAUUUAAGAGUACGUAAUUAUAAAAUAAGGCCAUUUCCAUUACUCUUAAUUUGGUUGGGCCAUUAGGAUAUAGAUCAUAUUUACUAGUCUUUGAGCUUAAUUAGUGGUUAUUCUUCUAUUACUCUUUCAUCUUUUGAUUGUUUGUGAUUAAUUUCUCUGUAUAUGAACAAGUCUAUCAUCUAUUAAUUUGAAUAAUUUAUUUUCUCUGA